UUUCAUGAUCCGGGAAUGAAGAGUUGAAGUGUAGACUUGUUAUUAUUUUAAUUAAGUAUGCCAGCAAUAAAAAAUUAUUGUUUAAGCUGUUGAAAUUUUCUGUUUUAUAACUGUGUUCCACUUGCUGUUCAUUUGUUAUAUUAUUAUGCCAAAAUAACAUUCUGAUUUCAAUGACUGUUAAUAUUAUAUUGUAUGUCAAAAAUUGCGGCUUUUGCGCAUACAGUUCAAGAAUAUCAGUGACAGUCAGGAAAAUUAUUUAGCAGAAGAAUCUACUGUUGUGAAGAGGAUUAAUACAUUUGAAAUCGUAUUAAAAGGUUAAUAGCAUAUUAUCAGUAAUGGAACUCUUCUAUAUUUGCAAAGGUCAAUUUCAGAUGUUUUCUACUUAAAAAUGUUGGAGUUUUCAAUUAUGAAUCGCCAAAAAAUGUAUUUAUAAAAUUUAAAUUUCACAGUCCAUGGCUAGUAGUGCUGAUUCCAAUGGCUAUAGUUCAGAUGAGGAGGUUUUACGUCCUGUUGUGAAGCGUAAAAAGAAACCAAAAAAUAUUAUUAGUACAAGUGAAUCAGAAGAUGAAGAUAGUGACAUUGAAAUAAAACCAAAAAUAAUUGGAAAACCAUUGAGAUGUGAAAGUGAAGAUGAAAAUAGUAAUAAUGAAGUAGUUUCUUCUGGGUCCACUAUAAAAAAUGGUAAUGAAACUUCAAGUGACUUAAAUGAAAAUGAUCAAGCAGAAAAGUGUGCAAUUUGUUUGAGUAAAUUCUUAGGUCAAGAUAUUGCUACACCUGAAACGUGCGACCAUGUUUUUUGCUUAGAAUGCUUACAGGAAUGGGCCAAGAAUGUUAAUACAUGUCCCAUUGACCGACUUAAAUUCAAUUUGAUCUUAAUACGUCAUCAUAAAGAAGAAAAAAUUAUAAAGACAAUUAUCAUCAACAAUUCAACACUGCCAUCAUAUUCAGAUUCUGAAACUGAAUCAGUCUCGCAGACCUUAGAGCCACUUGUACAGAAUUUAUCAAGUUCUGCUUUCCGUCUCUAUAGAUCUUUCAAUAGUAGAAGAACCACAUUAAUCAGUUCUAGAAUUGAUUAUUGUGAUUUAUGUGGAAGAGGUGAAGCCCCUGUUUUAAGGUGUCAUGAGUGUAGAAAGGCAUAUCAUCUCUAUUGUAUUUCAUCUUCAUUGGAAUCCAGUGGAUCUGAUCCUUGGAAAUGCCCUGAUUGUGUAAAUGAUGCUGUAUUGGCCAGACACUGUCAAAAUUCAUCAUCUUCUGCUUUUCGACCUUAUCAUGCAUUAAGUGGUAGCCGUAGAACUCAUUCUCCUACUAAUUCAAAUUUACGAUCAAAAAGAUCUGUAAAUAAAGAAUUCAAAAGGUUGCGUCGGGGAUUCUUAUAUUUCGAAACAUUCUUCAGGAAUUCUUUGUCAUCUUCAGAUUCAUCAGAUGAAGAAACUGAUCACAGAUCUGUUCCUUCCAGAUUAUAUCAGAGACCUGUAAUUUCAUCAGUUACAAAAUCUCGAUGUCCUUUAUUGAGUAAACGAAGGAAUGAAGUAUGCCGUGCCCGAAAUCAAGCUUUGGUUUCAGCAGCAGCUUCGGCAGCUCCAGAAUCUAGACCAUUAUACAAUGGUGACUCUGAUGAUGGUUUAAAUGAUUACAGGGUAAUAUCAGCACCUGUUACUGAAAAUUUUGAUGUUGUUGGCAGCAUCCUUGAAAGUCAAACUCUUCUUCAUUGCCCUGAUGUUCUAACUCUAAGACGAGAUGGAACGUUAGUGCGAAGCUCAAAAAGUGAAAGUAGUUCCAGACGACUUCCUUCUUCUGAUCCGCUAUCACCAGUGAAUAAUUCUGAGGAUAGCAGUCAAAGUUCCUUUUUAAAUUCAUCCUCUAUUAGUGACAAUGCAAUAUCACCCUUUUUAAACUCUGUCACAGCAAAACAAAGACCACUACAUCCAACUCAGAACAAUUCAACAAAAUAUAGUGGCACCUCAAUGCAAGCUUAUAGUUGUAGCUCUGCUGGUGCACCCAUGGAGAGAUCUAUGAACUACGAUGACAACCCAAGUGCUAGACCAUCAGUUGGUGCUAAUAGUAAUGAACGAUUUGGAAAUGAUCCAUAUUCUUCAAUUGUUCAGAGAAACUUUUGUGGUGCAUCUGUUCCUGAUGACAUUAAAAAAGAUGGUCGAGUUUCUAAAAGUCAUCAUAGUGAAGAUGAAGUUGACAUAUACAGUGAUAUAGAAUCUGUAGGUGAAGAAGAUGGUGAAAUAAGUGAAAGAGUUGAUUCUAUGAAAAUCCAUUACAAAUGUGAAGACUCUCAACUGAGUAAUCCGAAUGAGGGUAGUGACUCAAGUGAUAAUGAGCUUGUUAUUGAUGAGGAUCAGCAAGUUGAUGAAGAUAAUGAUAAAAUGAAAGAGCAUCAAGAAUCAACCCAUUCAACUAUGGAGGCAAAUAAUAAUGAUUCUCAAGUUGCUUGUGUGGAAAGUGAAGAGAGUAAUGUUAGCAGUAAUGUAGUCUCUGAUGAUGAUCAAUUAAUGAUUGAUACUAAUCCACCAAAUCCGAACAAUUCUUUUGCUGAAAACAGUAAUGAUGGUUAUAAACCAAGUGACGAUUCUUCUCAAGAAGCAUUCCAAAAUGAUGAAAGUAAUCAUUCUAAAUCAGGUGUUGAGAAAGAAAAUGCUUCUAAAAAUGAAUCGGACAGUGAUGCUGGUCCUCAUGAAAGUGAUGUUGACAUGCAGGGCGAGGAAGAAAAUUCUGCAGACAGUGCGAAGAAAAGUGACCAGGAAGAUAUCAGUACUCCAUGUGCUAGCUUAAAAUCGUCUCCAAAAUCAUUCAAAGGUGAGACUAGAGAUGGUUUUGAGAUGCAGUGUGAAAAUAGUGUUUCAAAUGAGAAUAGUGGAUACUGUGAUAACAACUCUUGUUAUGAGGAAGACGAAUCCAAAGAGGUUUAUGAGGAAGUAUCCAACAUGGAGAAUGAAAAUACUUGUGAUUCUGUCUCCCAAAUGGGAGAGACUGAAAAUUUUAAUAGUGGAAACAAUUCUAAUACUAGUGAUCAGGUUUCACAUGCUGAAGUAAAUGAAAAUUCUCAAAUUGAUAAUAAUUCUAACUUUAGUUUCACUAGUGAUCAACAAAAUGCUGAGAAUAGCGAAACAGAUACAUUUAAUGAUUCUAAAGUUAAUCAAGAAAGUGAUCAGCUUGCUGAUAAAUCAGAGCUGGUAGAUAUUUGCAAUGAUAUCACUAUGAAAUCAGAUGAUGAAGAUAAUGCAGACUCAUUAGAAAAUGCCAGCACUCCAUGUUUAGAUGAAAACCUUGAAGGUCAAAUAGAAAAUUCACCUAUUCAUGAUGAGAAUUUUGAUGAUGAAGGCCAGGAGUUUGAGUCAUCCUCACCUAAUAAUAUAGAAUGCAGUUUCAAGAAAGAUGAAGCUACUGAAGAAAGAGUUGAGCCUGAAGAAACUAAUGAUGAAAAUCUGCAGAAAGAACCUCCAGAAAGUGCUGUUGAUCUAGGCAUAGAAGAUAUUUCUGAAGCUGGCAGUGAAGAAAUAGGAGAAGAAUAUACCGAGGAACCUUCAACUAAUAAUGUCGAAAAAGAGUCAGAAGAUCUUGAGCAGAAGGUGUCUAAACAUUUUAGUCCUGACAAGAACAAAGACAAUGAUAUGGAGAUUGAACAUUCCCGAAAAUCAAAUGAUUACAACAAGCAUACACCUCCUCAUUCUAACCAGUCUUAUGAAGAUCGUGAAGAAGGAGAAAUAAUUGAAGAAAGGCCGGUUCAUCGAUGUAAGAAAAAGAAAGAUCGUUUCCGUGAAGAUAGUGGAGAUUAUGGUGAUUUUGCACCCAGAAUAAAUAUCUCAGAUUUACCUAGAAUACCAAAAUUGAAACGUGAUAGGGAUAAGGAAAGCAUACCAGAAACAAUAUCUUUUGAAAACAAGAGAACUAGUGUGUUAAGUAGGGUUGAUCUUGGAGGAGUGGAUAUUAGUUGGAAAAGACUUUCUAAACACACCAGAGAAAGAAGCUAUCGUGAUGGAAGACCUAAAGAUGAGAGGCUAUUAUAUCGUGAAAGAGAAUCAAGAAAUAAAGAUAAAUCUGAUUCAGGUCGGAAAAGUGAUAGCAAAAAUUCUGAGCGGCGUAGAGAAGAAAAGAAAUUAGAAUCUGAAAAAUUAAAAAAUGAUUAUGAUUCACGUUCCCGCAAAAGUGAGAAAAGCAAAAGUAGUGAUUGGAAUUAUUCUGACCGCGAAAAGCGAAAAUCACGCAAGGAAAAACAUUCCAAAGAUAAGCAUUCAAAAGACAAAAAGGAUAAGCAUGAUAAGAGUAAGCAUUCUAAAGAUGAAGAUAAAUAUGAAAGAGAGAAAUUAAAAGAUGAAUUACGAUAUGAUAGAGAUGCAAGGUAUGAUAAGGAGGAUCGUUUUGAAAGAAUUGUAUAUGAAAAAAGCAAGUUUAAAGAUAAGGAGCACAAAAGUAAGCAUAAAGAUCGCAAAAGUGAAAGUAGCAAAUCGAGUAAAGACCAUUCUCGUGAGAAACACAAACAUUCACAUUCGAGUGAUCAUUUCUCUGAUAAGCAACGAGAAAGAGAAGUUCGAAAGAUUGAUGAUAAAUUAAAAAUAGUUGUAGAACAAAAGGAAAGCCGAAAAGAAAAAUCAAAGCACAAAGAAAGAAAAGAAACAAAACAUGAAAAAAAGCAGAUUCUUCAAAGAAAAAUUGAAAGUGAAAGAAGUCCAUACUCUGAAUUAACAUCAAUAGAAUCCAAAGAAAUUUUUGCUAAAGGUGACAGUAUCAUUAUUAAUGUUAAUUUCAAUCGUGCCUCAUCUCCUAAAGUAAGUGCCACAUCAGAGGGGGGUGAUUCUGAUAUAAAAGAUAAGAAAGUUUUAUCUGAAGAUAAGAAAUUAGAUGAACCUGUGGGUUCUGAUGAAAUAAAAACUAAAACAAAACAUUCUUCUGCUGAAAAAAGUAAAAACUCAGAUAAUUCAAUUUGUAAACGACCAGUUACACCACCUGAAAAAAAUCCAGUUUUAUCUGUUAGUGAAUGUUAUUGGCAGGGUGUUGAUGACCCUGAUGGUAAUCAUACACCAGUCUCUGAAAAAUCUGAAGAAGAGACUUGUGCAGAAAAUGAGAACGAUGUAGGAUCUGCUAAUGGAUUUGAGACUAAUAAUUUUUCAAAUAGUAGUAAUAGUCCUGAAACAAAAUCGCCAUUAGCAUCUAAAGAUAAUAAUUCAGUUUCUGAAGAGCCUUCUUUCAUAUCUGAUAAAGAAACGAGCAACACUGUAUCAAAAGACAAUGAAAAUUUCAGCUCUAAAAGAAGGUCUCCUCGUUCUCCGUCACCUCCAUCACCUGCUGAUAAUGAUAGCUAUGAUCCAUGUGAACCAACUAAAAGUCCAUCUCCACCACCUAUGCCUCCAGCACCACCCCUACCUACUCUGAACCCUAAACCACCACCUUCUCCUGAGCUUCCACCUCUGCCUCCAGAACCUGAACCAAUUGACACGCGUGAAGAUCUUCAUAGUCACAAGCUAAACACAUCAAGUGAAUUUGUUAGUGUUUCUACUGCUGUAGUGUCUAGUGCUGUUCAGCCUAAUAUGGUACACACUCAAACAUCAGUGGCUAGUCCCAUUUCAGUCCAGAGUGUGUUAUUGCCACCACCUAGUUUUAUGGCUCAUGUGUCUUCAGCUGCUACUAAUUUACCUGGAAUGUCUCCUUUAGUGCCGACAAGAAAUGGUGGUUUCCAAAUGGGAAAUCAUGCAACAGUGAUGUUACCUGCUAACCAUUCACAACAGGUAAUGAGUAGUACUUUUAUGCCGCAUAUGGCUGGAACCAGUACCUUACCACCACCACCUAAUCCACCUAACAUGGCACAUAUGAGCACAGUGCCACCACCUCCACCUCCUCCUGCUGGUAUGACAUUACUUCCUCAAACAAGGCAUCCUCGUCUCAGUCUCCAACCACCUUUAACACCUAAUUCAUUAUUACAAAGUUUAACAAUGGCCCAUACUAUGAAUGCUCCACCAAUGCAGAUGAUUCAUCACUUGCCUCCCAAUAUUUCUGGUAUUCUUGCUAAUCAUCAAUCCCCUGUUGUGUGUACUUCACAAAGUCAGCCCACAAGUCUUCCUGCAAGCAUUGCAAAUCAACAAGUCUCAAGAAUGGUAUUUUCACAAAACCAACUUUUAAAUCAUGGCACCCUUUUGCAAAAUCAAAAUAUUAGUGAUAGCAACAAAUCUCAGGGUAGUGCUGUUAAUUUCAUUUCAUCACACAUUUUAUCCAUGGCAACCAGCAGCAAUUCUCAGCAGAAAACUGAUAAACUUUCUAAACCAUCGCCAUCUGUCGAAAAGAAUGAAGUUGUUGAUAUGGAAGUUGAUACUCCAUAUUCACCCGGGGAUUCGCCUUCUGUUGAAAACAGCCCUGCUGAUUACUCUCCAGCUACAUCACCUGUUCCUUCAUCUCCAAAAACUAAAGAUGUUUUUGAUAGCUUAUUUCCUGCAGAUCAAAGGACUUCAGAGAAGCGGACUCUUGAUACUAAUGAAAAGUUCAAACACUAUUCAGGAUCUAAAAAAUCAAAACAUGAGCACAAAUCAGACUCAAAAGCACGGCAUUCAGUGCGAAUGCAAGUCAAGGACAAAUAUAAAAAGUCUAGAAAGGAACUUAAAAGUGCCGAAAAAAAGGACACUGUUACAAAGUUAGAAGAUUCUCAAUUAAAAAUCUUGGAUGAACUUCCUAGUUCUGCUGUGGAAAUGCAAGUGAAAGAAAAGUUUUUGAAGAAAUUGAAUCGACAAGAACGUGUUGUAGAAGAAGUCAAGUUAGCCUUAAAACCAUACUAUAAAUCAAGAGAUGUAACAAAGGAAGAAUACAAAGAUAUACUUAGAAAGUCUGUGCCGAAAAUAUGUCAUAACAAAUCUGGUGAAAUCAAUCCAGUAAAGGUUAAAAAUCUUGUAGAAUGUUAUGUUAAGAAAGCUAAACAUGCAAGAAAGAAAGGUGACAAAAAGAAAUCAUCUAAAUUUUCAUGAUAGAGAACUGAGCAUUUAUUAUUAUUUUAAUGGAUUUUUUAAUCUGAUUGUGCUUGACUCUUGACUGGUGAAAAAAAAGUCAUUGUGCAAAAAAUUCUUUAUACAGCAUUUAAUGAGAUGUACUAUUUAUUAUAAAACUCUCGAGGCUGGUACUGUAUAUAGAAAAAAAAGAAAAAAAAAAGUCUCGAGAAAUAUGCUCUGAACUUUACAAAACGAUAUUUUUCCUUGCUAUUUCAGUCAUAUAAAUCAAUUUGUACAGUUUGCCAGAAAUAGUAUAAAUGUAAAAACAACAGCUACAAAAGAAGUAGAAACAAUGUUAUUUUUCUUCUGAAUCUGUUGGUCUUCUGUCAUUUUUUCAAUAUCAGCAAUCUACUGGAAAAUCCUUAACUACUCCCAUAUGAAACAUAAGGUCAUACUAUGCAUAGUUGUAAAUAAUCAUCAAAUUUGAAUAUGGUACUUACAUUUUCCAAUAUGACAAAUUAUUCACAAUUUCAGUAUGCUGAAAAAUACAUCUGUAUGGCGAAAAGUUUGGUGGAACCAACAAAAGUAAGCAAUAACAGCACAAUCCCAAUAUAAAUAGACAGAGUGAAUUUCUUUUCCCUCUUAUUGCAUAACUUAUGUGUUUGUACUAUUCUUUUUCUUUAUUUUGUUGCUUGUAUGCUUUUAUCUCUACCUAGAAAAUAGGUAUUUAAUUCUUUAUGGUUGAUUUAUGUAUAUGUCUAUGGAAUUGUUGAAUUUAGAGUAAUUUUAUUCUUGUUUCUUUUAGUUUAUUUUUGUAUUGUGAAAUGUAAUGCAUAUUAAAGUUUAGAAUAUAAUUAUAGUGAAAAAGCUACUGCUACAUGCUCAUUUUCACUAUUUCUUUUAAAAUGGAGCUUCUGAUCUUUUUUAAUUUUGUGGUCUUAUUUUAAAAAUAAAUCAGAGAAAAAUUCCUCAAUCCUAUUUAUAAACAAUGUUUUUUUAUGAUUCAAAGUGUACUUGCAUGUAUGUUGGGUGGGGGAGUGGAAAUUCCAGUAUCUUGAUCAAUAAAAUCUAUGUUUAUUUAUAAAAUUUAAUUAUAUAUUUAAAAUCCAGAUAAUUUCUCCUGUGAUAUUUGUUUUCUAAAAUGAAUGCAUUUGUUAGUAUAAAAUUUAUGCAUAUUACCAAUUUGGUACCUGACCCUAUGUUUUAAGAUAUCUUGCUUUAAAAUCUUAAAAUUUUAUGAAUAUAUUUAUAUGUUGCAUUUGUUGAUUCAGCACAUUUUUAUAAGAAAUAAUGCUUUUAUCUAUUACUAUGAAAUUAAAUUGUAAUAAACUCUCACCUGUAAAUAAAUUAAAUACUGAAAAUAAAUAGAAAAUCAAGGAAAUCUUUUUAGAUAAAUUAAUUCCCAAAUAUUAAUCUUCAGAUUCAUUGAUUUUGAUCACAUUGAUUCAUUGACCUGAGGAAGUAAAUAAAGUUUCUGCAUGUUUAAAAAAUUUUGAAGUGGUUUUACUUUCUGAAAAACCAUUUGUAAGUUUUAUGUAUUUGCUAUAUCUUCGAAAAAGCCCGAAAUUAUAAUUAUUUUUCUCUCCGCAUACAUGCAGUAAUCUUUUAUAAAAGUUUUAUCUUUCAUUGAAACUUUUCUCUGGUUAUUUGAGAGCUUCCAUUUGAUAGGAAUAAAAAUUUGAUGUCAAAGGCCUUCCAACUGAGAAGUCGCUUUUUAAAAAGAAAUUUUAACAAGUUCAUGGUCCAGUUAUGAAUAUGAAAAGAAUGCUAAUGCAAAAAAGACAUUAUGAAAUUUUUCAGUAUAGAAUUAUUUUGUUGAAAUAUUAUGUAACUGUUGAAUAUCUCAAAGAAAGUGAAUCUAACAACAAUGGUAAUUUAAUUUGAGAUUUUAAAAAUAUGGUAAAUGUUAUAUAGACUUUAUUUUAGAGUUGCUAAUUUAUAAAGUGUAAUAAUAAUAAUAAUUUUAGUCAAAAAUAUGUUAUGUAAGAAGCAUUAAAAGCUGA